UCAGUUUCAAUUUCAUUUGGUAUUUAUUCGCUGGUACGCCGAGUACAGAAGCAGUUGUCUGCGCGAUCCCUAACUACGCUGUGUGCCCAUAAAGAUCUUCAUCUUGUUUAGCGGAAAAAUUUCUGCACAGUGUCCAAGUGAUAUUAUUUUGCAACAUCUUGCACACUGAUUUUUUAAUUUAUAUACACAAAGUGUCGCAGUUUUAUUGCGCGAGAGUUUCUUAAAGGUGCGAUUUAAGCUCGCGAGUUAUUCGUUUUGGCCAUUUCAAGGGGAAGCAUUCCUUGGGUUGUGUAGAAGAAGAAAACUUGAACGCCUAGCAAGGUGAUUGAGCAUUGUGAGAAAAAAUGAUGAAUUCCAAUAGUACGACCAUGAAAUCGGAUGUAAAUGAGUUCUACAAGGGUCAGAGUAUUUUUGUAACCGGCGGAUCGGGAUUUAUGGGAAAAGUUCUGAUAGAAAAGCUCCUCUAUUCCUGCUCUGACCUUAAGGAAAUUUUCAUCCUGAUGCGCCCGAAACGUGGACGUGUUCCUGAAUCCCGACUGGAGGAUAUGUUUAAACUUCCUAUGUUUCAGCGAAUUCGGGAGGAUAAACCCGAAGUUCUGAAGAAGUUGGUACCCGUGCAGGGAGAUGUAACAUUCGAUGGUCUCGGUCUGAGUGGCGAAACCCUCGAUAGGGUUCUCAAGAACACCACAGUUGUCUUCCAUAUGGCCGCUACCCUUCGUAUGGAAGCAAAGCUCAAAGAUGCCAUUGAUUUGAAUACAACGGGCACAAAGAGAGUCAUCGAUGUGUGCAGGAAGAUGCCAAAUCUCAAAGUUCUCGUGCACCUCUCAACGGCUUUCUGCUACUGCGACAAAGAGGUGCUGCAUGAGAAAGUCUACGAAUGCCCCCACAAUCCGCAUGAUUUAAUUCGAUGCGCUGAAUGGAUGGACGAGAAGACACUCGAUAACAUUACACCGAACCUCAUUGUGCCCCAUCCCAACACCUACACCUACUCCAAGCGCCUCGCUGAGAUUCUCAUUCGCAAUGAAUACCCGAAUUUGCCGGUUGUUAUUGCGAGACCCAGCAUUGUAAUUCCAGCAAAUGAGGAGCCCCUUCCAGGAUGGGUAGACAGUCUCAAUGGACCAAUUGGUAUAAUGGUUGGAGGAGGAAAAGGAGUCAUUCGUUCUAUGCUUUGCAAUGGAGAAUAUCGUGCUGAAGUCAUCCCGGUUGAUAUUGCCAUCAAUGGUCUAAUAACUAUUGCCUACAACCAAGGACGCUCCACUACAAAGAGCAAAGACGUGCCUGUGUACAAUAUCACAUGCUCCGAGGGGAAAAAGUUAACUUGGGGCGAAGUUCUGGAGAAAGGAAAGGAAGUGGCGUAUGAGUAUCCAUUUGAAGCUGGCGUAUGGUAUCCCAAUGGAACGAUCACAACCAAUAAAAUCGUCCAUACACUCUCCAUAAUUUUCUUCCACUGGUUACCAGCGUAUUUUAUUGAUUUUCUCAUGCUCUUGCUCGGCCAGAAGCGAUUUAUGGUGAGAAUUCAAACGAGAAUUUCCGAUGGUUUGGAUAUUUUGCAAUUCUUCACAACAAGAAAAUGGGAUUUCCGAUCUGAAAACUUCCAAAGUCUUCCGGGAACGCUGAAUUCUCUGGAUGAGCGAGUAUUUACGAUGGAGAUGGAUUCUGUCGACAAUAUGGAGUAUCUGAAGAAGACAAUUCUCGGUGGAAGACAGUACUGCCUGAAGGAACCUCUCACGAGCCUCCCAAAAGCCAGAAUGCAACUCAAAGCUCUCUACGUGCUGGAUAUUGUGGCAAAGGUUGUCUUGAGUGGAUUACUCAUCUGGACCCUUCUUGGCACCUUCGGUCUUCGGGAACCUCUCUUUAGUCUCUUCGAGAAGAAAGAGAUUUCCAUAUUAGCUGAUUAAGCUCACAAAAAGUCAAUUAAAUUCGAGCUGAAAAAAUUCAAAACCUUGAGAAGAUAAGAAAAAAAAGAAGAAUUUAUUAAAAUAUUGUUUUUUGGUAUUAUUGGUUUGAUAAUUUAGUAAAAUAAGUAACGCAAUAUUAUAUACAAUGUGCAAAUAUAUAAUUAAUCGCGUCAUGUGAGACGAAAAAGACAUAGCUUUAGGACUUAAUAAAAGGUUUUUGUACCACAAAA